GUGAGGCUAGCAAGCUUGCUACCUAGGCGAGAAUGUAACGCCCCGUGCCCCUUCCCCCUCCCGUCGGCUGGGAUCGGCGCCCGCCUUCGCUGGCGGAGCCGGAGCCUCCCGGGCGCAGGGCUCCCCCUCGCCCCUCCCAUCUCCACUCUUCCCCGCCUCUCGCCGCAGUCUUGGCGGGAAGACGCCAGCGGCCGCGCUGCGGAAAGAUGUCUGGGUCCCGCGCGGAGGCUGAGCAGAAGGGGGGCUCCAGACAGCGACUUCAGGUGAAUGAAUAUAAGGAAAACCAAAACAUCGCUGAUAUAUCUCUGAGACCGGUACAGACUACAGUUUUAGGAAAAACAGCUAAGGUGUAUCUUGUCCCCUUUACACUCAGUAACUACAAUACAGGCCAACUUAAGUGCCCCAAAUCUCUAUUAGAUAAGAAUUCUAACAAUGAAGUGACAUGUAAGAAAUCUAAGAAAGCUGAAAUAAAGAAAACUUGCAGAAGGAUUUUAACUCCAAAGAUGGAAGCCACAUCUUCCAAGGAAGAAUCCACUCUGCAAAAAUCAUCCUUGGAUGUUCAUGCUGAAAGCAAGUGGCAGUUCAAGAGCCCUUCAGAUACAGUGGUUCUCAGUCCUGAUACAGAAAGCAGCCAGGAAGGAGACAGCGAUGAAGACACCACACCAGGCCUGGAUGAUUUUUCAGAACUGUCACCGUACGAAAGGAAGAGACUGAAGAACAUAUCAGAAAAUGCAAACUUUUUUGCUUCUCUUCAGUUGUCUGAGUCAGCUGCAAGGCUCCGAGAAAUGAUAAAGAAGAGACAGCCUCCUGAAUCCAAAAGGAAGAAACCCAAGAAAAAAGAAAAUGGAACUGGAUGUAGAAGGUCAAUGCGAUUACUAAAAGUUGAUCCUUCAGGAGUCCCAUUGCCAGCAGCCCCAACCCAGACCGAAUUAGAAGUAGAUGAAAAUCCUUUGAUACCUCCUGGGCCUUUAGAAAUGACUCCUGAAAAUCGAGAUGAUGACAAUGAACUAUUCAAAGGAUUUUUGCAGGCUUGGGCAGAAAUGAGCAAGACAAGAAGUAAAAACACUAAGAAAGAAUUAUCUAACAUUAAAAGCUACAAAGUCAAUUUAAAUGGCAUGGUCAUUAGUGAAGAUACUGUCUGUAAAGUUACCAGAGGCUCAGUUUCCUCAAUGGCCAUCCACCCAUCGGAAAUGAGAACUUUGGUGGCAGCUGGUGCCAAAUCUGGGCAAGUUGGACUUUGGGAUUUGACUCACCAACCUAAAGAGGAUGGAGUUUAUCUUUUUCAGCCCCACAGUCAACCGGUCAGCUGUCUUUACUUCUCACCGGCCAAUCCGGCUCACCUACUGUCACUGAGCUAUGAUGGCACAUUACGCUGUGGGGAUUUUCCCAGGGCUGUUUUUGAAGAGGUAUAUAGAGAUGAAACAAGAAGCUUUUCCUCCUUUGACUUCUUGACAGAAGAUGCCUCCACUUUAAUAGUAGGUCACUGGGAUGGAAGUAUGUCACUAGUGGAUAGGCGGACUCCUGGAACGUCUUGUGAGAAACUUAUCAAAUCAUCUUUGAGCAAAAUAAGAACUGUUCAUGUGCACCCAGUGCAUAGACAGUAUUUUAUCACUGCAGGAUUAAGGGACAUUCAUAUUUAUGAUGCAAGAUGCCUGAAGCCCAGUAGAAAUCAGCCUUUGAUUUCUUUAACUGAACACACAAAGAGCAUCGCUUCAGCCUAUUUUUCACCUCUUACUGGUAACAGAGUAGUAACCACAUGUGCUGAUUGUAAGCUGAGAAUCUUUGACAGCAGCUGUAUAUCCUCGAAGAUUCCUCUUCUUACCACCAUCAGGCACAACACCAUCACCGGGCGAUGGCUGACCAGGUUCCAGGCCGUGUGGGACCCUAAGCAGGAAGACUGUGUCAUAGUUGGCAGCAUGGCCCAGCCACGGCGAGUGGAGAUCUUCCAUGAGACAGGAAAGUGGGUGCACUCUUUUCUGGGUGGAGAAUGCCUUGCCUCUGUGUGUUCCAUCAAUGCUAUGCACCCAACUCGGUAUAUUUUGGCUGGAGGUAAUUCCAGUGGGAGGGUACAUGUUUUUAUGAACUAAGAAAGUUGUGGACUUUUGGGUUUGGAAACACCAAUUUGUUCAAAUUAAUCUGUCUAAGGAGCCUAGUAAUUCGUGUGGCUUAGUCUGUUUACUUGGUAAUAUGUACUAUUUAGCGAAUAUAAAUUUGCUUUGUAAAUAAGAAUUAUGAGCAGAAUGUACUUUUAGGAAGAGAGAGGCCUUGGAAGUUGUUUCUGUAGGAUGUGGAGGGCAUUGGAGGGGAGACUGUGAUGCUUUCAGCACUUUUAACCAGGCAGAAUGUGGAGAAAUUCCAGCAUUAUAAAUUACAAAGCUUUGAGUGAUCAGUGUUUUGGUUGUUUUUGUCGCCUUGAUUCUAUAGUCAUAUAUAGAUUUGUGGUUUACUUUACAGUUUGAAAUACAUAUUUAUUUCUAGACUUAAAUACACUGGAAGGGAUCCUGAAAGGUUAUCUCAUCUGAGUGAUUUUGAAACUUUUAAUUUUUUUAACUGAGCACUUUUUCCCCCUUGCCUCUAAAUUAAAUCUUAUAUGAAAUCCCAAGAUAAUUGCUGAGAGGCUGUGGUUCACUUGGGCAAGGCCUGGGUCCUUGUGUUGACCUUCUCCUCACUCCUCUCCAUGGCUCCUGAGACACAGCCAGGGAGUCCCAGGGCUUGUAGGCACAGGGUUGGAAUAUACUAAUCCCUGCCACCCAGUGUGAGAUUACUUUUAGACCACUGUUUCCCAGACUGGGUUGCAGCUAUUGACGUGACUUAAGUGACCAUGACCAGUGUCUAAAAAAAUGAAAAGGAGACAAAUAGUAAAGAAUAGCAAACAAAAUUAGAACAAAUAUUCUUUUGUGAAACUUAGUUCCAUGCAUACAUAGCUGUAGGUAUACAUGCAUAUGUAUUUUAUGAUGUAAAAUGUAUUUCUUUAUCACUGUGGUCAUGGUUAAAGAAGUAGGAGCUCCUACCCUAGAAGGUCCCAGCCAGCUUUAUGUGUCCUUGUCUUUUAAACUCUCCAGAGGAGAUUUAGUAGCCUGGGAAAGUGUUAUGGAAUUCCAUUUCUGGCGUUUAUUCAUUAAAAAUACUUGUUUUCAGAAGCUGUGGCAACUUGAAUGUGUCUGUUGUUGGACCCUACUAAAUCAGCAACUGAGAUUACUGUGUGUUAUUAUUGAUUCAACUUUUUCUGUUGUUCAUUGCCAAAUGACUACUGAAAGACUGUUCUAAAUAGUUUCAGCAAUAUGCCUGAUUUCUAAGAGGAAAUAUGAUUUUUCCAGAAUGGUAUGUCACAGAAAUAAAGUGAUAUAUAUAAUUUCCUUGAA